AUGGCAUGAAUCAGUCAAAUUCAGUAUGAAAUGGAAUACACUGAAGGUAUUAGUCAGCGAGUGAGGGUUCCAGAAAAACAAAAAGUAGCACCACCAAAUGCUGACCUGGAGCAAGGAUUCCAAGGAGUUCCAACUGCUAGUGUGAUAAUGCAAGUUCCAGAGAGGAUUGUUGUAGCAGGAAAUAAUGAAGACAUUUCCUUUUCAAAACCAGCAGCUCUUGACCUUGUUCAAUCAACUCCUUUAGAGCCUCUGACACUAAAAACACCACCUCGUGUACUUACACGAAGUGAAAGACCACCAGAUUUUCUGGUCUUAGAAAGGCCUGCAACCCCUCAAAAUGAACAGAUCUGUGCAGUUGGCAGGCUAAAAAGAGAGUGCUCUGUGAGUGAAAAUGCUGUUCACCAAAAGGACAAGCUGAUCAGAAAUGAUUCUAAUCUGCUGGAUGAAAGUCACGGUGUAAGAAGACAAAAUGAGAUACAUUGUGAAAGACCUGUGUUGCAUGGUGGGUCUGCUGCCACUUCUAGCCCUCAUCAUAACAUCAGGUACGGCAUUUCAAGUAUAGAUCCAACAGUUGAAGGAGCAGCAGAUGACAUGAAUGUUGUAGAUGCAGCUUUGUUAACACAACAGAUAACCAAACCAAAUAGACUUCUACAACUUCUGGAAGAGGAAAACAAAGAAUGUGCUAAAGAAAAGGUCACGGAUUCAAUAACUGUUGCAUUCUGGCUGCUUAAUAGCUGGCUCUGGCUAAAUUCCGAGAAACGGAAGCUUGGGUUCAAAGAUAUGAGCAUUGCACACCCAUUGCUGCCGCCUCUCGGGCUGGAUAAAGGAGUCUCCGAGCCACACCAGGUCUUUCUGGGCCAGUUCGCGCUCCCGCGCCUCGGUGCUCGGAUUGUCCUAGCCCUCCCUUCGGUUUCCAGUAGGGCUCCGAAAAUUUUUGAUUGCGUGAAGCCGGUGUCAUUUCCGAGCGUGGACGGAAAGCCGCCAGGGCCAGAACCCGGAGCGAAGGGAACGCCCCGGGCCGGGAGUGGCUCGCGGCCUGGCGUCAACUCAGGCGGCGACCUGGGCCACUUCCAAGGGGUCCGGGCUCCGAGCUCCGCCACUUUCGUGAGUGACAAGGAGGGCACCCUUGGAAACCGGCGGCGGGAUGGGCACUGGGGAAGAGUUGCCUGGACCCGAAGACACGGAUCGGAGGGCGGCCGAGCGGCCUGGGAUUACCAGCCGAGUGGGGCGGCCCUGGGCGAGGGGAACGAAGAUGGGUGUGAACGUAGGGGGAACCUGCUCCUGCUCAACCCAAUGCGGCGAGUGCGCCAGUCUCCUUCCUUCUGUCUCCGCUUCCCUCCAGACCUUCAGCCUUGGGCCAGAGGGUGGCGGAUCCAAGGCGAUCGCCUGCCCGAGCGCACUGUGCGGCGCGCAGUGUCCAAGCCGCGCUCCAGGCCGGGCGGGGAAGGUGCGAGUCUACGUGGAGUCUGUCACCAGGGUGACUCGCGGUCACCCGGCCGGCCUUCCCUGCAGUAG